CACACACCCCUAUUAUUUUCUGAACUUGGAAAACCUAACUAUGUUAUACUGCACGCAAGAUAAUAGGCAAAAUAUUAGAAUAAAAGGAGCGUUUCUUACCGUUUCCUUAUAUAACAAUGUCGGUGGCAUUUUCAUCGGCGCGCCCAAGGAGCAAAGGGGAGGUGACACAGCAAACGAUACAAAAGAUGCUGGAUGAAAAUCACCAUCUGAUACAAUGCAUAAUGGAUUACCAGAGCAAAGGAAAAACAUCAGAAUGCACACAGUAUCAGCAGAUCCUUCACAGAAACCUAGUCUAUCUGGCCACGAUAGCAGAUUCUAAUCAGAACAUGCAGUCAUUGUUACCUGCACCUCCUACACCUAACAUGGGGAGUAUAGGUGCUGGAGGAAUGGGACAGAGCGGAGGCAGAGGGCCCCUACACUCCCAGAGUAACCUCAACGACACCAUGACCCCUGGCCUGCCCCCUACCUCUAUGUUGCAGAGUCAGAUGAGCAAUGGCCCCAGCCACGCUCCCAUGCAGCAGCAGGCGGGUCAGACACAGUCGGCUGGGCCCUCAUCCACGUCCCUCAGCCUGCCAGCCAGCACCCACGGCUCAGCCUCCGGCUACAGCCACCCCGUGCCCCCCUCCUCCCAGGGCAGCAUGAUCCAGGGCCUUGGCCCAGACUACGGUUCUUCCUCUUCCUCUUCUACCUCCUCCCGCAGCAACCUCAACAUGCAGUCUAACACAGUCUCCAUGAUGCACCAGCAGUCAGCAACACCUCAUUACCCCUCAACCCAGACUGGUGGCGGACAGCAGCAGUACCAGGGUCAGCAGGCCGCUAUGGGCAUGUUGGGGCAGAGCGGACAAGGCAACAACAUGAUGAGCCAGAGGCCGAUGGGGACCUACCGACCCACACAGCAAGGAUCUGCACCGCAGUACAUGGGACAAGACGAUUUCUACGGAGAGCAGUACGGACACACUCAGAGCUCCAGCGAGCCCAUAAACCAGCAGUAUUACUCUGAUGGUCAUGGGGAGUACUCCUACCAACAAUCAUCCUACGGUGAACAGGGCUAUGAGAGGUCCUUUGAUGAGUCCUCACAGCACUACUACGAAGGAGGCAACUCCCAGUACAGUCAGCAGCAGGCCCAGUACCAGCAGGGGUCAGGCCAGCAGCAGCCCUUCAGCCAACAACAGUACCCCUCACAGCAGGGCUACAGCGGACAGCCACAGGGCUACGGUCCAGGUCAGGGAGCGCAGUCCCAGUACUCCCAGUACCAGCAGGGUCAGGGCCAGCAGUACAGCUCCUACCGCUCCCAGGCUUCCUCUGGGGCACAGACACAGAGGCCCUACGCCUACGAACAGGUACAACUACAGCUACCCCCAACCCCACGUUUUGAGGAGGACCGUGCUGUCCAACAAAACAUUGGGGUCAAUAUGGAAACUACCAGCAAUAAGGCACCACCUCCUGGGCAAACUGGUGGACAAGUUAGGCAAGGGAACAGUUCUGUGAAUAACCCCCAACAGUCGUGUGUAAACCAGUCUCUGAGUAAAUGAGUUAGAUUUAUCUCUGAAUCUUUUUAGUUUGCUGAGACACAGAUUAGCAGGCUAGACUAAGUCAGAUUCAUGUUCUGCUGGUUCACUAGAUUCUAACUGAGUAAUGGUUCAGGAGAUCCUGCAUGAAACACCUUUCAUCUCUGCUUUCUCUUCUUUUGCUCACCCAAUAAGAUUAUUUGAAUUAUGGGGGUAUCUGGUAACAAAUCGGGGAACCCUCAAUAACAUUAUUAUAAGCUAUAUUAUAAGCCUCAUAAGCGUUGAAAAGACUCAUAUGUUUAAUUCGAACCUUGCCUUUAAAUGUCUUCCUUUUUUGGUCUCUGUCCUCGCUAUCAACCUCCGUCUGGUUCUCUCACCCUACUUUUCUGUCUGUCUUUCACAGGGUGCACAAUACAAGUGCUGUCCUCUGUCGAAGAUUGCAAUUUAAAAUGUGCACAGGUCACAAAAAGAACGUUUGGUCAUACAUUCAGCAUCUUUUAUUCAGUGUAAAGCUUAACUUGAUUAAGGUGAAAAUGGGACUUGUCAGUAGUGUUCAACCUGAAGUGUUCAGGUUGUGUUUGAAACUGUGAAGUUGUGUAGAUCGGCGUGUGGUGUUACCGACUGUUCAGUGUUACCACUCUGUGUAUGAAGAACAAAUGUUUGAGUAAGGUUAUAGGCACAAUAGAUGGUAGAUUGACAAGAGAGUGCAACUAUCAACAACCAUCAUAAUAUUACAACUAAUAUGGACAAUUAAUUUCCAUGAUCGAUCCUUUUUGUUAAUUCUUUAAUUUUGUCUGAUUGCAUUUUUUUUUUAACUAAGCUUUUUUUUUUAUUAAGAAAAAUUAUUUGUAGAUUGUUAUAUGUUGGGACUUUUUCCAUUUACACUGAACAAAAAUAUAAACGCAACAUGCAACAAUUUCUAAGAUUUUCAUGAGUUACAGUUCAUAUAAGGAACAGUCAAUUGAAAUGAAUUCAUUAGUCCCUAGUCUAUGGAUUUCACAUUACUGGGAAUACAGAUAUGAUUCUGUUGGUCACAGAUAACUUUGAAAAAAAGGGAGGGGCGUGGAUCAAUUAUGUUCAUUGUUCAUAGCGUAUGCCUGCCCAUACCAUAACCCCACCGCCACCAUGGGGCACUCUGUUCACGAUGCUGCCAUCAGCAAACUGCUUGCUUACACGAACCCAUUCACGCUCUCUGUCAUCAGCCCUGUACAGUUGAAACCAGGAUUCAUCCAUCAAGAGCACACUUCUCCAGCGUGCCAGUGGCCAUCAAAAGGUGAGCAUUUGCCCACCGAAGCCGGUUAAGAUGCCGAAAUGUAGUCAGAUCAAGACCCAGGUGAGGACGUUGAGUACACUAAUGAGCUUCUCUGAGACCGUUUCUGACAGUUUGUGCGGACAUUCUUUGGGUGUGCAAACCCACAGUCCGGGAUGAAGCCGGAUGUGGAGGUCCUGGGCUGGGGUGGUUACAUGUGGUCUGCGGUUGAGAGGCCAGUUGGACGUACUGCCAAAUUCUCUAAAACGAUGUUGGAGGCGGCUUAUGGUAGAGAAAUUAACU